UUUGAGGAAAAAUAUCGGUCGUCAAGUAUUAUAUUAUAAAACAUACAAUAUUGGUGGAUAUUAUAGUAAAAUAUACCUCACCACUUAUUACUUCUUAGCAUUAUUUUCUAAAAACUAUUUGUUAACGACUAUUUUGUAAUAUAAAAACAUAAUUAUCACAAAAUAGUUUAAAAAGAUUCUGCAGUAUUGCUAAAGCAAUGUGUUUGACAAAACCAAGGGCUCGAAAUAUCCAUUCAAAUAUUUCAAACGAAGUAAAAUUACAAAGUAAGCAUAACAGAAAAAUAUGCUCAAAUCUUACCCUGCAGAUGUCUUUAUAUUUUAAUUCAGUUUUUUUGCCCGUUUGGUCAAUUGUCAUUAUUCUUUUUAUGAAUAAAAACUACCAGUCUUACGAUGAAUUGUAUAGAUAUAUAUCGGUUACUGUUGUUAGCACCAUAUUUGGCGUGGAAUUCUUAAGGAUUUAUUUGGGAUAUGAAGGCAAUCUUAAGGAUAAAAUUCCAGAACUGGCAGGAUUUUGGAUGCUUUCAAUACUACUUCAGUUACCCCUUCAAGGUUUUUUAUUAUUCAACCCUUAUUUCCGUAUGUACGUAUUGGAAAUAAUUGUCCAAUCUAUAAUGUUUAUUCUUCUUUGUAUACAGCUCAUAUCGGGUUACUGCGCUAUUAAAUACACUGCAUCUGAACAAACCGCAGUAUAUAAGUUAAAGAAACAGAAGCAACAAGAAAAGGCUACAGCAAAUAACACUGAUGAUUGUUUAAAUCAGGACAAAGGCGAAUGUAAUGUAGAAAAUAAUCAAUAA